GAUUUGCAUUUAUACAACACCCAAGUUUAAUGUUUGAACAGGAAGUGAAGACUCUGUACAACAGCAUCCUUUCAGAUAAGAACUGUUCAGUAAACCUAAAAAUCCAGGUGUUAAAGAACCUGCAGACCUACUUGCAGGAGGAAGAUACGCGUAUGCAGCAGGCAGACAGAGACUGGAAAAAAGUAGCAAAACAGGAAGACCUGAAAGAAAUGGGUGAUAUUUCCUCAGGGAUGAGUAGUUCCAUCAUGCAGCUAUAUCUCAAACAGGUUCUUGAGGCUUUCUUUCAUACCCAGUCCAGUGUACGCCACUUUGCUCUAAAUGUCAUUGCACUGACGUUAAACCAGGGUCUCAUCCAUCCUGUUCAGUGUGUGCCGUACUUAAUUGCUAUGGGCACAGAUCCAGAGCCCUCUAUGAGAAAUAAAGCUGACCAGCAGUUGGUGGAAAUAGACAAAAAAUAUGCUGGGUUCAUUCACAUGAAAGCAGUGGCUGGUAUGAAGAUGUCUUACCAGGUGCAACAGGCAAUUAAUACCUGCCCAAAAGAUCCUGUGAGAGGUUUUAGACACGAUGAAUCAUCCAGUGCGUUGUGUUCACACCUGUACUCCAUGAUCCGAGGGAACAGACAACACAGACGAGCAUUUCUAAUUUCCUUGCUCAACCUCUUUGAUGAUACUGCAAAAACAGAGGUGAAUAUGCUCUUGUACAUAGCAGACAAUCUAGCCUGUUUUCCUUAUCAAACAAAGGAAGAGCCACUGGUUAUAAUGCAUCAUAUAGACAUUACACUAUCAGUUUCUGGUAGCAACCUCCUGCAGUCAUUUAAAGAGUCUAUGGUGAAAGACAAAAAAAAGGAAAGAAAACCUUCAUCAGAUGAGGAGACUGAGAGUGACAGUAACAGUGGUAGCGAGAGUGAAAGUGAGGAGGAACCUUCUAAGCCUCGGAGGUUACGGAAACGAGUAGACUCCGAUUCAGAUUCCGAUGAAGAAAAUGAUAUAAAUGCUGUGAUGAAAUGUUUACCAGAAAAUUCAGCUCCUUUAAUUGAAUUUGCAAAUGUCUCCCAAGGCAUAUUACUGCUUUUGAUGCUGAAACAGCAUUUAAAGAACCUCUGUGGAUUCUCUGAUAGUAAAAUUCAGAAAUACUCUCCAUCCGAAUCUGCAAAGGUUUAUGAUAAAGCGAUAAACAGGAAGUCAGGAGUGCAUUUCCAUCCAAAACAAACUCUGGAUUUUCUGCGGAGUGAUAUGGCUAAUUCCAAGAUCACUGAAGAAGUGAAGAGGAGUAUAGUAAAACAGUACUUAGAUUUCAAGCUCCUUAUGGAACAUUUGGAU